GUUUCCCCAUCUGGCAAAAGGGGCGAGGAGUUGUCGCGUCAUGUGACCGGAAGUCCCGCCCGCUCGCUGUGAUUGGCUGCGAUGGCGGAACCGGGUCCCCAGCGCGGCUGGUUCGUUUUCGGGUUUCGGGGCGUCGCGGAGCCUCCGGCCGGCGGGGCCCGGCGCGUGGAGCCGGAGCCGGGCGGGAUCCGCGUGGUGCGGCCCGCGUGGAGCUACACGGGCCUGGUGACGGGGCGCGGCCGCCUGGUGCUGCGGGGGCUGCUGGCGGGGCCGCUGCCCGGGCGCGGCCGGGACCUGCUCCCCUCCGAGAGCCACGUGCUUCUGCUGCGAGGGGCCGCGCUGGAGGCCUGGGCGCGGGGCGCGGGGCUGCGCGGGGGCCCCGCCUGGCGGCGGCGGCUGCACCCAGGGGAGACGGCCGGGCCCCUGCCCCUGGCCCCCGGCGGCUACGUGACCCCACGGCCGCCCUUCCUGCACCCGCUGCCGCUGCAGGCCCGGAAGCUGGUGCUGGGCCACGAGCACGCGGUGGUCCUGGGCCCCACCGGGACCGUCUACACCUGGGGCUCUGGCAGACAUGGGCAGCUGGGGCACGGGGGCCUGGAGCCGGUGUCGGAGCCCCGGCUCGUGGAGGCCUUGCAUGGCAUGCCCAUGGGGGACGUGGCAGCUGGAGGCUGGCAUUCUGUCAGUGUCAGCGAGGGAGGUGAUCUCUAUGCCUGGGGCUGGAACGAAUCGGGGCAGCUGGCUUUACCUUGCAAAGCACUGGCAGAAAAAAGGCCACCAGCCGCAGCCUCUGUCUCCCAGCAUGAGGAACCCGGCGCAGGAGAGGCGGAGCUGAAAUUGGUCAGUCCCAAGGCACCACCGGGUGCUGAAGCAGGUGACUUCAUUUCAAUCCAGGCCUUCCCCGCUUUGCUGGAUCUACCUGAGGGUUCAGAGGUCAGCAAGGUCAGCUGUGGUUCCCGCCACACUGCUGCUGUGACCCGUAAAUAUGGGCAGCUUGGCCACACUGACACAGCCAGCUCUGACCAGCCAAGACAAGUGGGCUAUUUCCCUGCAAACGGGCUCUCGGUGGAGGACGUGGUCUGUGGCCCAUGGAACACUUACAUCUGUGCUGUAGAGAAGUGAGAGCAGCUGAAAGGGCCAAGGGCUUUACAAAGGGUGGAGAAAGGCUUUGAGGCCUUGGCCCAGGACAGCAUCCAGACCAACCUGCAGCACUGUUGGGGGUGGUAAUGAUGUGUAAAGAGACUCAGCCACACCUGGCUGGGGCAGAAAGUGAUUUCCUUUUCACUGUGGGGGUUUAAAUUGCCCCAGCCAGAGAACUCCAAUCAAUCAUCUUUCCCUUGCUAAAAGCAUUCUGCAGGUUCUUCCUGGCCCCCCUGUUGUUGCCUCCUAUAACACUGCUGUGGUCCCACAGGCUGUGGGUUUGUAAAGGUGACAAGACCCUGAGCAAGCAUUCCUGCAAGGAGGAGCUAGCUGCACUGCUCUCAACACAAGUACAGUACACCCUGUUGAAGAACUGCUGAAUAUAUUUCCUCCAGAGCUGACCUGGACACUUAAAGGCA